AUGUUAAUUUUACAUCCACAUUAUUUAGAAGAAGAAUUAUCAAAUGAAAUGACUGAAGAAGUAGCAUAAGUAAUUAGAAAUACAUAUUUAGAUAAAAGAAAUGAUAGAUUCUUUUAACAUUCAAGAUUUACGAAACUUGAUAAAAGAUGCCCUUAAAUUACAUAAAAUUUAUAAAAGUAGAUUUCUUUUUGAACAUCUGAUGGAGAAAAUCAAAGAAAAUAUAAAAUAAAUAUUAAUAGAGAUAAAAAAUGAUUCUACAUAUGAUUGCUCUUAGAUCUUGAAUUUAAUCAAUUAAUUAUUUAAAGGCUGUAGGUUUCCUUCAUUUAAAGAAUAAUAUUAAUUUUAUGAGGAUCUGCUCAAGAUAAUUGAAUACACAGACAGUUUACUUAUUUAUGAAAAGGUUUUUCAGAUUUUUUGUCAUUUACCUAAACACCAUCAAAAUAAUACUCAGAAUUAUUUCACAAGAUUAAUGCAUUUUGAAAAAGUUUUAUAUGAACAUAUCAAUUAUCUGUCAUCAAAAAAAUUUGAUUUAAUUGAUUAUUAUUAAGAGGAUCCGAAAUAUGAAGAAAAUAAAAUGAAUCUUAGAAUUCCUUUAUAAUUUGAUAUUGAAUAUAAUGAACCAACCUAAUUAGAAACUAAUUAUGAUGAUAUUUGUAAAAAUAAAAUUCAUAAUCAUAAAAGAUAAUAAAAUGUAUUCUAAUUUAAAGUAUUAAUCUUAUUUUGAUUUUUAUAGAAAGUAUAAAUAGUAGAUGAUGAUUCAAUUUCAGCUCUCACUUUAUCAAGAAAUCUAUUAAAUAAGCAAAAUGAACCUUUUUCGCCCUUAAUUGAAAUUGUAAAAUAUAGAAUAUUAAUUAAAAGAGGUUUAUAAAUUAAUCCAUAAAUUACUAAAAAUAUCAUAAUCAAAUUACAUCUAAAAACAUCUAGAAUUCUAAUGAAUCAUAAAAGAUAAUUGAAUUUAAUAAAUGGGGACAAAGAAGGAAGUGUAGCUUUUUUUUAUUCUCUUAUUAAAGAUGUAAAAAAUACAGAUUAUUUUAAUUUAUUUAAACUUUAAACCAUAGAUCCAUAGUUAGGAGAAAAAUUAAUUAAGACUUUUUAAAAAAAUAUUUAAUUUUAAUAAUUGCUUUCAGAUGUAUUGUCUAUGAAACAAAUAGAAUAAAAUGAAUUAACUGAUGGAUAUCCUUUAAAGUACUAUCCUGAAAUUCUUUCUGAAAAUUUAGUUAGAAAUGAAUAAUUAACUUGUAGUAUCAUCAAGACUUUUUUAAGUCAUUUAUAAAAAACAAGAUAAUUUUCUUGGGAUGAGUACAAUGAGACAAUAAAACUUUUAAUUAGAUCUCUUAAUAUACAAGAUAAUAAAAUGUUGUUGCAACCUGAAUAAUUAAAUUAAGCACUAUAAUUCCUAAGUUAUUUGAUAAGAAAUCAUGAUCCAAAUAUAAACUAUUAGAAUAUAGAUGUUCUUUUAUAAAUUGUUGAGCUCUAUACUAAUAAAAUGUUUAGCCUACAAAAACCAACCUAAAAUGGAUAUGUUUAAAUAAAUGAAAAAGAUGCAGAUAUUAUUAUGAAUUCUUGCAUUGAAGCUCUAAUUAGGCAAACAUAGACUAACUUGCUGCAUUUUAGUAUGUUUGAGCAAGAUCAACUUAUUAAUGAAAAUAUAGAUUUUAUACAUGAAUCAACUACAAAGAUUUCUAACUCUAAUGUUCUAGAUUAUAUUGCAAAUUUAUUAUUAUUAUAACCACAAUAAUUAACUAAAACCAUUUGCAAAACUUUACAAUUAAUUUCUUCUUUAUUAAAUGCAAAUUUUUAACUAAUUGAUAAAAUUCUUAGUUCUAACUUACCUAAUAUUUUAAAUGAAAUUAUUAUAAGAAUGAGUCCUGAAGAAAUAAAGCCAGAAUUUACUAUUUCAAUUUUUUCUUUUUAUGCACAUAUUACAAGAAGAGAAGAAAUUAAUUAAUUCUAUGAGUAUGGAAAAAGAUUUCUUGAACUUAUAAUAAAUUAUCAAUUAAUUACUAAAGAUGACACUGAUGAUUAAAUGUUAUUCUAAUUAGCAAUAUUUAUAGUUAGAUUUUAUACUAUAAAUAAUAGGAGUAAUGUUUUUAUACAUGAAAUACUAGUCAGAGUAUUAAGUUAAUAAUUGGAAUAAUUAAAUAAUCAAUAAUAAAAUUUAAACUUUAAUUAAGAUUUUUAACAAGAAUUUAAAAAGAUUCAAAAGAAAAAAAGAUAAAUUCUAUUAUUUAAUUCUUUUUUUAAUUAAAAUUUAUCUAGAUAUUUAUAAUAGAAGGGAUAUUUUGAUAUUCUUGCCAAUUUAUUCAAGAUCCCUAGCUUUAAUAUGUUUAUUUUUAUUAAAGUAAUUUAAUUAUUUAUUUUAGGGUUUUAACUAUGAUUAAUGUAUAGAAAAAGUAUUGUAAUUAAUAAAUAAAUUGGAAAGAUAAUUAGGAUGUACUUUAGAAUAAACAACAUAAUUGUCCUUUAAUUAGAAAACAUUCUUAGAAAAUUGUUCUACUUAAACAUACGAAAUGGCUUCUCAGUCUUCAGAAAUUUUACAUUAUUUAGCAUAACUUCAUAAUUAAAAUAAAAUUAUAGCUUAAACUUUAUUUGAUAAACUAAUUGAUAAAUGUUGUGCUUUAUUAGAAAUAGCUUAUGUCACUGAAAAUGAAAAUAAAAUUGUUUCAAAUCUUUUGUUUAAAAUUUUAAAAUUAGCAAUAACUAAAAAUAAUUGUAAUUUAUAGCCAAUAAAUAGGUUAUUUGUUAGACUUAUUUUUAAAUCAAAUAACACUCCUACUCUGACUUUAAAAUUACUAAAAAACAUAAAUGAGAUUAUAUUGUCUUUAUAUAAACCUUAUUAAAUAGUUAAGAAUAUUAUUAUCAACUCAUAAUUUAGAAGGCAUUUAUAAGAUGCUAUAAAGAAUUAUAUUUUAUAGCUGAAUACUGAUUGCUAAGACAAAUAAUUAAUAGAUGAAUUAGGCAUGGCUAUUUAUGAAAUUUUGAAGUUCUUUUAUUAAUUUCCAAUCAUGAUGAAAGAUUUAUUAAUGAUUUCAUAAAUAAUACCAGAUAUAUGUUCCUUAGUAGAAAUAACAAAAAAUUCAACACAAGAAAGCAUAAAGAAAAUUUAGAAAUUCUUAAUAAUAUUAGGAAAUAAAAUUGCAAAUCCAAGAAUUCUACAACUCUCUGAAUAAAAUAAUAUUUCACUAAAUAGAAUUCUUGAAUAAUAAUUAAGAAGUCCUUUAGAAUAAAUAAUGCACUCAAGGGAAUAAAAUAUAAUUAGACUUGGAAGAAAUCCUUUAUAUAUUGAUCUUGUAAGAUAGAACUAAAAUAGAGGUACAUAAAUUUAAUAAUAUGAUGAAUCACUUCUUCAGCAAUUUAAAUCUUAGUAGGAAUCAAUAAGACUAUUAUUUAAGGAAAAUAUAGACUUUGUUUCAAACUUUGAUAUUUUGAAUGGACUACAGCUACAACUUAAUUUAUCCGAAAUAUUAAGCCUUUUACAAUAAUCUAUUUAGAAAUAAUUUAAUCUAAAUCUACAAUUUUAAGGAAUUGAAAAUGAAAUGCUUAACCAACCAGAUUAUAAUUUUAAAAUUAUAAUUUUAGUCCUGAGUUUGCUUUAUAAAUAAGAUCAACAAUUAUAAAAAUAACAAUAAUAAUCAUUAGAUUCAAUAGCAAUAGAAUUGCUUAAAUUCCUUGAUGUUUUAUUAUAUUAAGCUGAUUAAUUUAAAAUUAAAGCUGUUAAUUAUACAUUAGCAGUUUUGAGUAAGUUAAUAACAGAGAAUCAAGUAUCUCUGAAAUUAAUAUUAGAAAAAGUCUAAAAAAUACUUGAUUCUGAUGUUUAAAAUGAAAUUACUUUUUAGAUAUGUAUUGAUAUCUUAGUCAAAGUUUUUUAAAAAAGUAGUUUAUGCAUAAAUCAGUUUGUCUAAUAAAUGAAGGGUUUAGAAUUAGUCUUUAAAGUGAGUACAGACUCUUAUAAUCAUUUUAUAAGUCUUUCAAAAUUAAUGUUAGCCAUAGUUUAUGAUAAAACUAUUAUUAGGGCUUAAAUUGAAGCAUAUAUAAAGAAAAUUAUUUUUGAUGAAGAAAAUCUGGAAAAAGUCUAAAAUAAAAAUUAAGAAUUAGAGUUGAAAUAUUAUAAAAAUGAAAAUACCUAUCCUAUUUGUUUGCAACCUGCAUAAUAUAAUGUUUAGACCAAAGAAUAAUACAAAAUAUCCAAAAAUCAUCCAGCAUUAGAGAUACUUUAAAAAAAUAAAAAUUAUGAGGAAGAUAUUUAAUAUGUUAUGAAUUUAUUAUUUGAUCAAUCAGUCGAUAGUGACUGCUUGAUAUUAAAAAAAGGAAUUCGACUUGAUACAUUAGAUAGCAUAAAAUAAAAUGGAAAUGCAAUUUUAUAAUAUAAUUUCAAACAUAAAAAAGAAACAUAAAUCCUUUUGAAACUUUUAGUUAAACAAAUGAUUAACUAUUAUUUUGAUAACAAUCAAGAGCAAAAAUAUAAUUGGAAAAUUCCAUUUGAAGUUUUGUUAUUACUUAUUUCUAAAUUUCCAUUACUUUUACCAUAUAUCCUAAGAAUGAAUUGUAGAUAAUUUCUUGAAAAAUUUUUUAACUAAACUGGAUAAGAACAUUCACAAUUACCUACCAAAAUUUCAUUUCUUACAUUGAUAACAAGAUAUUUAAUUCCUCCUCAGAAUUUUAUAUUUUGUAUUUGUUUGGAUACUUUAGUAUUAUUUAAAAAAUAAAAUAAUAUCAUUGUUCCAUUUGCUUAUGAGAUUAGAAGAUUAAUAAUAAAAUAGCUGUAUGUUGAGAUUAGUAGAUAAAUAAAAAAUUUAGAUGAAAAAUUGCUUAGCACUUCUAAUAUUUUAGUCACAUUAUUAUAAAUAAAAUCUGUUGGCAAGAUUUGCAUAUCUAAUAUUGAAGAACCUGAUAAUUCAUAUAACUUUAUUAAAUUAUAUAUAGAUGGAAUAAAAAACUUCAAUAUUAAUAACUAUUUCAUCCAAAAAGAUCAAAUAUUUUUUGUGAUAAAAACUUUGAAUCUUUUAUAUAAUGUUGCUACCAACUUAAUUUUAGAAAAGACUGAACCGAUAAUUACUCAUUCUUUAAAAGAUUAUUAAAUGGGAUUAGGAAUCAUUGGACAAAUAAAUUCAAAUGAAAUUAAUUGUUAACUAUUUUAGACUAUUUAUACCUACUAUAAGUUUUUUGAAAAUAGAAAUUAGAAAAAUAUAUAAUUUUAAUUCUAUAUAUAAAAUUGGCCAUUUUUAUUCAAUAAAAAUGGAUAACUUUAAGAGAAUACUUAUUAAAAUAUAGAACCAUUAAUUCCAACAGAUAGUUUAUAAACUAUUCCUGAAAUAAAUAAUUCUGUAGAAGUUUGUACAAAAGAAUUAGAAGAAGAAUUAAAUUAUUGGACGGAGGAGCUCGACCAGAAUUUAGAACAAGAAACUUAAAAUUAUUUAGAGAUUGAAAAUAAUUUCAAUAAUUUUAUCAAUAGUGUAUCAGAUUAACAAUUAGAAAAUUAGAUAUAUAGAACUAUUUAAUUUACAGGAUUAAUCUUUCCUUGUUAAUUUUAAAUAAACUUAUAAGAAUUUUAACAUAGAUUGCCUGAAUAAAAUAAAAUUUAAUUGGUGAGAAGGAUUAUUAGUUGGCAAUAGAAUUUAUAUAAUAAUAAUUAUGAUUAAAUAUAAAAUUCUUUGAAUUCUAGAAGAGAAACAAUGCAUAUAUUGUAAAAUAGAAUUUAAAUCUAAAAUAUGGAUUAAAUUUUUGAAAACUUUUAAAACCAAAAUAUAAAUAAUAAUAUUUUUAAUGAAAGGGAUAAUGAUUAANGA